AUGGUGGAGAAAGACCAUUUCUGUGCAAUAGAAGUGGUGAAAGGAACGGAUGAUUCCAUGGUUCCAGGAAAAGCUAGCAGCAAACCAGUACCAGCUCUACAACUAAGUAGAUCUAUAGAUGUAACAACUAUAGCUGACAGUGAUGAGCCAGUUUUUCCUCAACAUCGUCAUCACUUAAGUGGAAAACGUAAGGUUAUACCGAGGAGAAAUCUAAAUAAACUUAGUACACCAGAAGGUAUAGAUGUAAUAUUAAAAGAUGGAGACAUUACCCAGGAACAGGCCGAUGUAUUGGUGAAUACGUGUGGUUCUGAUUUUAAACUGACUGGUAGUGGUGGUGUUGCAAAUGCAUUUGGUGUUGCUGGCGGACCAAAAUUACAACAGUAUUGUGCUGAUCUUGGUACUGCCAGCAAAGGCAGUGUCAUGGAAACUGACCCUGCUGGUAUUUUAAAAUGCAAGUCUAUAUAUCAUGCUGUGACACCGUCCACAUCAUCAAAUGGAGAACAAAAACAGGCUAUAAGUCAAAUCAUGAGUAAGUGUUUUCAAAUGAUGACUGGUGAUAACUACGACAGUAUAGCGUUCCCUGCUAUUGGUACUGGUAACCUUAAUUACCCAAGAAAACUUGUAGCCGCAGAGAUGUAUAAUGAAGUGUUCAAAUUCAGCCAAAGAUAUCUCAGUUCUGUCAAGAAAGUUUAUUUUGUAGCUUUUGACCAGCAAACUAUACAGGCAUUUAACGAUGAAUUAUCAGCCAGACAGGACAUGUCAAAUCCAAGCUAUCGGAGCAUGUCUCUUCCUGGUAAGGAGGCAUUUAUGGUGACAGCCCCUUCACCUGGGCAGCAAAGAAUGGUAGUUGGACCAAUAACUGUGGAAGUUCAGCGAGGUGAUAUUACAGCAGAAAACACAGAUAUUAUUGUCAAUUGUUGUAGUGGUAACAUAGGCCAAGGUGGUGGCGUAACAAAUGCCAUUAUGUCAGCUGGUGGGUCUGCGGUUAAACAAGCAUGCGCUGCUUACACAAACCAACCGAAAGGUUCAGUCUGUGAAACAGUUAGUGGAAAACUAAGUUGUAAGAAGUUGUAUCAUUUGGUGAAUACCACGGCAUCACAACUUGGUAAUUCUAUUGUAAAAUGUCUUACAAUGGCUGAAAAUAGUGGUAUGACAUCAAUAGCAUUCCCAGCGGCUGGCACAGGUAGCCAUGGUAUACCACUUCAAGAUUGCGCUGAUGCUAUAUUUGAUGGGAUUAAGAGCUUUGUACAACAAUGUCAACCAAGAAGUCUGAAAUUAGUGCGCGUCACUGUAUUCCAACAACAACAAUUAACUGUCUUUCACUCUGCAAUGAAUUCUGGGAUACCACAAUUCAGCAGAAGUAAAUCAAAUCCUACAUUCACUACCAAAAAAA